CACCAACACGCUGAUGUAAGACACUUAUCAUCAUCAAUGAUCCAUAACAGAAAGAAACAGAAACCAAUACGAAGCCAACUACUGUUACAACAAACCCAUUCAAUCUCAGUAUCUAAAGCAGAAGAAGAAGAAAAGGAACAUAACAUGCCACGCGUCCCCACAACUAAGGAGGUCGUGCCCGGCGCACCCGUCAACAUCGUCUUAAAAGCCGACCAACCAACCGGUCGCACAGUCUCGGGGACCAUUGCCGCCGUGCUGACUCGCGGGAACCAUCCGCGGGGAAUCAAGGUCCGACUCACGGAUGGUCGUGUCGGGAGAGUGCAGUCUAUGGGAGCGGGGGGGCAUUCGCAACCGGCAGCGACAGCGACAGAGGGACAGUGGACGAGGAGAGGCGAUCCUCCAGGGGCCGAGCUCCCCUCGUCGAAUGUUGGCCUCGAUGCCUAUGUGGUUAAUUCCAGACCGCGGCAAAACCGAAGAAACGAACGGCGAGAUGAGCCCCAGGACGAGCCCAAGGAAGAGGGCCCGGCGGUAAUUUGUCCUGUUUGUGGGGGUUUUGAGGGGGACGAGACGGCUGUUGCGCAUCAUGUGGCUAGUCAUUUCGCCGAUUGAGUCAUCGUUGUGAGAGUUCAGUAUUGCUUCAGAGAUACCCUUAUACAGCGAAGCCUGGGAGGUUCUUGCAGACGCUAUCAUUGACCUUGAGGACCUCGGUUGGACAGUUGUAUCUAUUCUAUGGGCUGGUUUUGCUUGAAAACUACCAGUGGAGACGGCAAAGUGCUGUACCAACAGAGAAAUCUUUCAGAAAAGAUGGCGCAUGGUUUGACUGUCUAAGAGAGCCGAACAAUCUCUAGAAUUUG